AUGGAGGAGCUACAGAGCCUGCUGCCGUCGUCGUGCAACGGCGCGAUGGAGCUGUUCUUCUACCUGUUCAUCGCCCACAAUAUUUGCGUCAUCUACCUCAUCGGACGGCUUUACGGUCAAGUCGCCGAGCUGAAGGCCGAGCUGAACGGCUCCACGACGUCGAGCCAGCGCCGCGUCGAGCGGAACGCAUCCCCAUUGGGCACCUACACGAAGACCUACCCCACCAGCGACUCGACCAGCCACCGCAACGGCAUCCUGCUG